AAUAAACUCAAGAUGAACCCUCUUGUUACUCCAAUGACGCCUGAAGAGAAGGCUAAAUUUGAAGCAGAGACUGGCUUGGUUCCUUAUACUCCAGUGAAGGCACCAAACUAUUGCAAUCCAAACCACAUAAGCUAUCAUUUAUUUAAUCUUCCUAUUAUUGCAGCUUCUUUGGCAGGGUAUUACUAUGCUCCAAAAUUGCACAUGCCAAGAACAGCCUUUGCUGUUUCUUUAGCACUUGUGCCAAUUUUCUACGCUGUAUCGCUACAUCACAAGGAAAAGAGAUAUACCUACGAUAGUGGGCCAAGGAAGACACUUGAAGAGCACUUAGAAUUCUACCCAAUUACCAGAAGAGCAUGGAACAGAGCUGUAACAAUUAGAGAGGCUGAGAUUGAGGAAAUAAAAGCAAGAAAAGCAACUACAUAAUACCCUCGCUUAUUAAUAUUUCAAACAAGUAUACGUG